UGCGCGCUCACGCUCAGUCGGGCACAAUCGAGCAUCUCCAACAGUAAAACAUGUUGUGUUUAUUUACUUCUUUCUUGGAUACUUCUGGAGAGUUCUGCCGGUGUCUGGAGAACAUGUUCGUGUCUGUGGCUUUACUGAUAUUAAUACAGGGUGUCUCUGUGACGCCUGUCACUGUGACCAGCCAAAGCCCCAGAGUGCGAGUGCAGGAAUAUUCAGAUGCCGAGCUCUCCUGUGAGUUUAAGACGGAGAGAGAGACGAAUCCACGCAUCGAAUGGAAGAAGAAAGAUAAAGACGUGUCCUUUGUUUAUUUUGAUGGACAAUUCAGAGGACCCUUUGAUGGUCGUGCGGAAAUUGACGGGGCGACGGUUCGACUGCGCAGGGUGACUCAGGCCGAUGCGGGCGAGUAUCGCUGUGAGGUCAGCGCGCCGCUCGAUACCAUCACGCUAGGAGAGACUAACAUCACACUCGCAGUUCUGGUGCCGCCACACACGCCGUCAUGUGACAUCCCGAGCUCCGCCCUUACGGGCUCUCAGGUGGCGUUACGCUGCAGUGACCAGCACAGCAUACCCCCAGCUGUCUAUACGUGGUUUAAAGACAAGAUACCUCUGCCGAUACGCAACGCCAAUGCCACAUACACUGUCAACAAAUUCACCGGCGUGCUGUUCUUUGAGACGGUCAGCAGGACUGAUACGGGUCAGUAUCACUGUGAGGCCAGUAACGACGUGGGACCCCCGAAGAGCUGCGAGGCCACACACAUGCAGAUCGAUGAUAUGAAUCUUCCCGCGGUGAUCGCUGGUGUUGUUCUCGUGUGCCUGAUCAUGUUAUUGUGCGCUUUUGGAGUGUUUUAUGCUCACCGGCAGGGAUACUUCAGCCGUCACCGUGGAAGGUCGUUCUGGAUCCCGCAGUGUCAUGGUGUGGCGCACAUUAGCAGCCAGAACCUCAACAGAACUGAGGACAAUCAACAUUCAGGAUACAGUCACACCCCACAGAACCCUCAGGAUUUCAAACACACUCAAUCGUUCAUGCUGUGAUGGUGAAUGAGAUUCAUGAUGUCUGUGAUAAGACUGCAACCAAAGAAACUUUUGUCAAAUUAACUCUCAGCACUACGGCAACUGUAACUGAAUGGAAAUGCAA